UGCUGUUGCAAAAGAGGAGCAUUCCUUGUUCAAACUUUACAAGAGAUGGAACGAAUGUUUUCUCGGUGUUAGUACAGUGGGUUUAAUCGAUAAUAUACGCGAUGUUGUACCUAUGGUUCAACGAAAAUGCCACGCAAAUACACUAUAAUAUUUUUAAAUUACUUUACUUACGGCAUUGAGGAAAUAAACUUAUCAAAAAUUUAAACAUAUUUAAUAUCGCAUAAGCCUCCUUCAAACGAAAAAAAAAUCCAACGAACUUAGAUAAAUUAUAUAACUAAAUAAUAAUUAUUAAUCGUAUAUCAAGAAGAAAAAAAAAUCUUUUUCUUUCAACAGCUUGCGAUCUGUACAGUGUUACAAGUGUUGACGGGAUACGAAAUAUCGAAUGUGUUUAAAGUUCAAACGCUUUCUGUGCGGAAUUAUUUAUCAAAAUCCCUAUAAAACCACCGAUAAUUUUUUUUCCUCAGCUGAAGGUAUAUUCUAAUGUGGUUUACCUGGACUUCGAAGAUAAAAUAAACUUGUCGAUAUAAUAACAAUGAUAAUAAUAAUAAUAAAUUCGUCUAAUUCUUUCGUCUGGUGAUCAAAUACAUGGUACAGCUGGUAUACCAGCUAGAAGAAUUUUUUCAGACUUCGUACUUAUACAUUAUUAGUAAAUUUUUUUUUUCACGCGCGUUCUAUUAUUAAACUCCAUCGAAUUAGGCAAACAAAGAUAUCGACUUUUACGGCCAGAUAUUUUGUUAGUAUUUUAGUCUCCUUUAUAACGUUUACGUAAAAAUUCACUGAAUUCUCAUCGCGAGGGGCAUUGAAAUAUUACAAUACAGUGAUGAUAUUAUAGUGGAAAUUAUGUAGCCGAAAUCAAUAUCAAAAUGGUACACCUUAAUCUGAAUAUAAUUAUGAAAUAAUCAGUGCUCUAUAUUUUUGUUAAAUAUUCUCAUUUUAUACUGAGCUUUUAUGCGCAAAGAUUUUAACCAGAUGAUUUGUGGCAGUAAUGCCCUCGUCCGAGGAGGAGAGUUUAUUGUGGUUAGCGGGAGGCGGUGGAGGUUCGGGAUCCGCCGUGGGGUCAAUCCAGGGAUCAGUGGGUUCCGUGGGAUCUGUACAGUCGAAUAUAAUUCCGAGUGGUCAACGUUCGGUUACAUUUAGAACAGGAUUAUAUACCGAAGAAAUGUCUUCCCAAGGAACCGGGGCAGCCGCUGCAGGCGUGACACCCGCAUCAGCUGAUCCUGCAGAACAUGAUUUAAUUGAUUCUACAGCCGACGCUACACUUCUCGCACAAUUUCACGAAGAUGCCAUCCAACAGGCUGGCGUUGGGUCUUUUCAAGCUCUCGCAGCGUUUUGUGCUGGGCUAAGUCUUGCUGCGGAUACUGUGGAAUUCUUUGUUGUACCUUACAUUUUGCCCAGUGCUGAGGUCGAGUUAUGCAUAGAAGACAAUGAGAAAGGAUGGCUAGGUAAUAUAACACUGGUUGGUCUUGCUCUCGGGGGGUUGUGUUGGGGUGGUCUUGGAGACAGAUUGGGAAGACGAAGAGCUCUUUUGUCUGCUAUGGCGGUACAUGCUUUGUUUAGCGGUGUUGCGACUUUUAUGCCGACCUAUGGCACCUUUAUGACUGCCAGAUUCUGCUCUGCAAUUGGCGUCGGUGGAUCACUACCCCUGGCUUUCGCUUAUCUAGCGGAAUGUUGUCCAAGAUCUAGUAGAGGCCGUUGGACAGGAGCUUUGGUCGGAGCUGGAGCUUUGGGCGGCGUUUAUGCGGCACUUUUGGCUUGGGCUGUCGUACCGUCAACUGGGGAAAUGGUAGUUCUUGAGAAUAAGGAACACUUCAGCGCCUGGCAUCGUUUUCUGCUACUUUGUAGCCUCCCAGCUCUCAGUGCUACUGUUGGUCUUGUAUUUCUACCAGAGAGUCCUCGAUACCUCGUUGAGGCUGGCAGAGACGUCGAAGCAAUGAUGGUGUAUCAAAGAAUAUAUAAAAAAAACAGCUCUCGCAAGGGUGGUACGGGUGCACAGUAUCAAUUAUCAGAAUUGGAACUUCCCAGCAAACGACCCCGGGGCUUGGCGCCACCGUCGCCAGCAACGCAUGCCAGUGUUUUGGCUGAUAUAAUGUACUCGAUUGAAAUGUUCUGGAAUUCUUUUCUGCAGCUUUUUUCACCUCCGCACUUGCGCAUCACAAUUGUACUUCUGAUAAUUUGGGUCGCUGCUGCAUUUGGUCUCUAUGGUCUGAUGGCCUGGUGUCCAGAGUAUUUGAAACUCCUGAAGGCAACGGAAUAUAAUAAUCAAGUAGUACGUUUCUCUGACGAGAUAUACGAUGGUCAAGUAUUCAAUGGAUCACUGGAAAAUCACCAGUACAAAGAUUCUAAAUUUAUCAACUGCAAAUUUACCAAGAUGAUUUUUAGCCACGUCGACUUUGACAACUGUACAUUUCAAGCUGUGGAAUUCAGUAGCAUAAAAUCAAGCAAGACCCAUUUCACGGACAGUGUAAUCGUUGACUCAAAAUUUGUGGACACAGAUCUGUCGGCGCAGGUCUUCAUCAGGUGUAAACUUGAAAAUAAUACAGAGCUCAGUCUCAGUGGACCUUGUCCAACUCUUGAUCUGGACUAUAAUAUCUACAUUGAAGAGGCACUUCACGGUCACCUCGUUGCGCAGUUAGCAUUUGUUCCGGCAGCUGCCAUGGCUGGUCUUGCCCUCACCGUGGUGCAAAGACCAAAAAUGAUUGGAAUAUCCUUAUUUCUAUCAUCUAUGGCUGCGCUGGGUUUGAUAUUAGUGCGCGAAAAUAGUACGGCAGUCUUGGGUUUCGAAGGAGGUUUUAUAGGUGUGUUCGCCGUUGCCUGGACUUCACUAACUUUAGCUACAGUCGAGAGCUUCCCAACGCAUUUACGCUGCACUGGUUUUGGGUUUAUGACAGCUGGCAUUCGAUUAUCCGGCUUGAUAGGAACAGCAACUUAUCAGACUCUAAUCGGACCAUCUGUAACUGCGCCAGCAUUGCUCACGGCUACGGCAUUGUUUAUCGGUAGUGUCGCAACUUUCAAGCUUCCGCACACCCAUACUGUAUUUUUAUAGACUUCUCCCGGUAAAAAAUUAGCUGGGAUCGGUACCUGAAGCGAUCAUCUUUUGGACCUUGAAACAGGUACAUAAAGUAAAAGACUUGUUCAUUCUCCAGGAUCUCAUCAAACAACUAAAAGUCUCGUCAAUUUGCUUACUCUUUGUAAUGAAACAAAAUAACAAACAGGGACAAAUUCAUAACUGCAAACUCCAUAGUUGUCCAUUUUUUAGAUUCUUAAAAUAAGACGCUUAUGUCGAUUCAAUAGGAAAAAUAAUUAAGGAUGUUCGACAAUCGCUAAUUACCCUUCACUUGAAUUUCAGAAAAAAAGAACAAACUUGUGAACACAAAACUACAAGCUCGCGCUUUCGAAGUUGUUAUAAAAGAAAAAAAAAAAUAAUCAAUUAUCUCUUUGUUUGACCAAUGAAUUCCUCAGAAAUGAAAUCGAUUCCUCCGUAGGUUGUCGACAAGUUAUAACAGACGAUGCAAAAGUUCUCGGAUUUUGUCAUGUUAGCCAAACUAAUUAUUAAUGCACGGUUGAGGUGACCGAUUCAAUUUUCAUUCUAGGAAUUAAAGAUAGUAAUCCUCUCACUCCGGUUAGUGAAAUAUUUCAUAUGAAAACAUAUCCCGAUUCUAAUGCAAUAUGAUAGGACCGAUUGUUACUACUUAGAUGUCAGAAUCACUGCGCAGUGUGUCAAAUCAUAUCAAACCGUAGACACAAUACUAAAUAAAAAACAGAUAAAAAAAAACUUUGUGCAUGAAAUAAAAUUCUGUUGUAGGCUGUUGCGCACUUGCACUAGCUAAUUGUAUCAUCAUGUAACGUUUAUAUAACACAAUGAAUCUUAGUUAUUUGUAGAUAUUAUUUUAUUUGACAUAUCAUAUUUACGAGAGCAAUGACUUUAGCUCCUCAGCUUAUCAAUUAAUAAUAACUAGCAUAAGUAUCUCUAUGAAUUUAAUGUGUGGAUAUGUCCGUACAUGUUUUAAAAGUUUAGGCUAGUUACAAUGAAUCGUUGACUCUAAUUUCUGCAAGGCUGGUCAGUGGAAAAAGAAAGGUGGUGCGGGGCAAUAUUAAUACUUUUAAUUUUAAUUAUAUAUUAUUAUAAUUAGGACGGAAAAGAUCGAGUUUUAUAAUUAAUGAACUUUUGUAGUAAAAAGAAAAAAAGACAAAAAAAAUAAGAGGAAGGGAUAGUCAACUAAUAAAACAACAAUAUCUUGUGGAUAAUCGCGUGAAAAAAUUUAACUUGUUGAAGAUGAUUUCGUUAUGAAAGUCGUGCAGUGUAGCACCUAGAGACUGUUUUAGUACGUAGAAGUUUAAUUAAAUUAACAUUAUUGAGUUGCUACACAUGGCUGAUUCAAAGUACGUAAUAACUAUGUUAUGUAGAAAUGUUAAGUAAAUUGGUACGGUCACUUGCGACACAUAUCACUCGUGAAUUAUAAUGAUAAUAACGCUGUUUGAAACGCCUGCUAGUACUUUAUUCAAUUGUCUCAAGAACGCAAUUAGGUAAUGCCAUAGCUACGGGCCAAGUUCAUUGCCAAGUUUUUAGUAAUUCAGUAAUAAGCCACAUAGCGUUAAUAGCGGAACACUUUAUACAAUCUAUAGUCAUCAGAGAGAAAUUUAGAUAACAGUUUAUACUGUGCUAAUGGGAAACACCGAACUUGAAAUUUUUAUAUUAUAUUGCAGGAGCUAUCAGCUUUACUUACAAUUAGUUCCUAAUACUUUCUGCCGUACAUCAUGUGAUGUGACGGUGGUGAUGAGAUAUCAAGUUUCACAUCCGAAUGAUCAGAUUUUGAAAAAGUAAUGAAGAUACGUGUGAACGAAACAAAAAAAAAAAAAAUAACAAUUUCCUCUUAACGUUGGAAUGAUAUCAGGAUUAUCUCGAUACGUUAUAUUUUAUAAUUCCGGCGUUACCGUCGUAACAAAAAGUCAAUAUAAUGAAGUUUUUAAUGCAGAUUCAAGAGGCUGUCUACAAAGUAAACUAGAUUUUUUUUACUCAGAGUUGUACGUAAUACCGUUUAGGAAAUAGUGGAGGAAUGUUGUUGGCUUGUCUGUAAAUCGUACUCUUUAGACUGUAAUACUUUGUGACAUGUUCGGUAGAAAGCGAUACGCUGAUCCCCUUCACGUAAUAUGUUGCGAUGAUAAUGUUAAUAUCAAAGACAAAACGAAAAAAAAAAGAAUUAUCUUCAAAUUCUCUUAGGCAAUAUUAUAAUGUAUUCUAUUUAUAUUUGAUCUCAACUUCAGUAUAGUAAACCUGUAACUGAACAUGUAAGGAAAUUUUAGAUUUAAGAGAAUAAUAAAAAUAUUUAAUGAACUCGUA